AUGGCCAUCCCCUGGCUCCACCAUUACGCUGCUCGCUACAUUCCACACUGUGUGUGGAACUGGAUCUGCGAGGCAGCAGAGGACGUGGCUCUGGACUCAGAAUCUGCCAACCCUGGUCUGCUCAUCUCCGGCGAUGACAAACGUAUGAGGUGCGGCCUGGAGCGCAUAGACGUCACCAUGAGCCAGGGACGCUUUGACGGCUGGUGGUGCGUUGUGGGCCAGGAGGGCUACACCUCUGGACGCCACUACUGGGAGGUGGAGGUGGGCGAGCGGGAUUGGCGGCUGGGCGUGGCCAAAGCGUCGGCCGUGAGGCAGGGCUUCCGCCCACUGAACACAGACACGGGCUACCUGACCAUCCGUCUGGAGAGAGGCACGGAUCUGAAGGCCCUGACGGUGCCCACCACUCCUCUACCACAGAACCAGGUGCCCAGGAAAGUGGGGGUCCAUCUGGACUAUGAGCAGGGCCAGCUGUCCUUCUACAACGUGGAGAAGCGCUCACAUUUGUUCACCUACAACGAGAAGUUCACAGAGAAGCUGUACCCUCUGUUUGGGACGGUGGAGGUGGUCAAAGACCUGGUGGUCAGGCCCGCGGGGGUUCGAGAGCCCUGCCUCUGUCCCGGGCCUUGCCUGUGGAACUGAACUGUCGGCAGCCCAAUGUGUG